UGUGCAUCUUUACAGAGGAAGGAAACUAAAUUUCAUCAGAAAUUUUGUGUUUUUAAUCAAGGCUGGAAUACAAGUAUCUACGUGAUGAGAAAAGAAUCUACAACUUAUUCAGGUAACUGGGAAUCCAGUUCCCACAAAGCAGCCAUUGGAAGGAAUACUGCGAUAAAUAUAUCAUAACUAGACCCUUGCCCUUUGUCACCAUCCCUACUCUAAGAAUGGACAUCUUUUGAGAUUAUUCAUGCUUGCUCUGCAAAACUUUAUUGGAUUUAAAGGGCAAAACAGAUCUGUAAAUUGUAAGAGAGGGCAUAACAUCCAAGUGAGAAGCCUGAUCUGGAAUAAAAUCGCUACUCAAAUGUUGAUCUGAAAAUUUUAUAACUAGUUCCUGAGAGGACUGUAAUUUCACAGGGAAAAGGUGGCAGCCAGGGAAAAUAUCGGGUGCAAACUACCCACUGGCAGACUGGGAAGAGGGUACAUAGAGUCAACAACUCUCUCCUGUCAAAUGGCUCAGGAACAUUAUGCACAUAGGAACAACACUCAGAAUUCAGAAAAGCCACAUGUGUACAAAGUUGGAAUUUAUGGCUGGCGGAAGAGGUGCCUCUACUUCUUUGUGCUCCUGUUAAUGAUUUUAAUCCUGGUGAACCUUGCAAUGACCAUCUGGAUCCUCAAAGUCAUGAACUUCACAAUUGAUGGAAUGGGACAUCUAAGAAUUACUGAGAAAGGUCUAAAGCUUGAAGGAGAUUCUGAAUUCUUGGAACCUCUCUAUGCCAAAGAAAUCAGAUCAAGUCAGGGAAGUCCCCUGUACCUUCAGUCAGGAAGAAAUGUUACUGUGAACAUUCUCAAUGGACAGAAAAAAGUUGCAACACAGUUAACUACAGGUAGCCGAGGAGUAGUAGCACAAGGGAAAUUUUUUGAAGUAAAGUCCAAUACAGGAAAGCUGCUGUUUUCUGCAGAUGAUACUGAAGUAGUGGUUGGUGCUGACAGGCUACGUGUUUUAGGGGCAGAAGGAGCAGUGUUUAGUAAAUCUAUAGAAACCCCUCACAUCAGGGCAGACCCCUUCAAAGAACUGAGACUUGAAUCUCCUACACGGUCACUGAUAAUGGAAGCACCAAAAGGAAUUGCAAUUAAUGCAGAGGUUGGAAACCUGGAAGCUACAUGCAGGGGAGAUUUGAAGCUUGAAUCCAAAGAUGGAGAGAUUACAUUAGAGGCUGCAAAAAUCAAACUACCUAGACUUCCUCGGGGGACACAUUCUUCUACAAGCUCCCAUGCAAAUAUCUAUGAAAUCUGUGUAUGUUCUAAUGGGCGGCUGUUCCUGUCCCCAGCAGGAGCUGGGUCUACUUGCCAAACUAACACAAAUGUCUGCUAAUGAAGAAUGGACAGAAAUAAGAACUGAAUUAGGCCAUAUGAGGAAUACUAAUGCCCAUCCUAUAAUUGAAUGGUGGCUUCUGCCAGCUUCUAGAAAAGAACUGCAACUCAAAAGGCCUAUCAAAGACUUCAGUAUGUGAGUGUGCACGAGUGUGUAUGUGAGUGUGUCUGUGAGUGUGAGUGUACGUAUGUGUCUGUAUACACUCGUGUAUGUGCGUUUUCUGCUUUUAAUGAUGUUUCAGUAUAAGAAGUCUCAGGGUGACUAACACAUUAUUUUAUCAUAUCACAAAUACAUAUAGAUAUAUAUUUUUUAAAUGUCCCAGUUGGAUGCAGUGUUUUUGAGUUAACACAGCAAGGCAAAAGUGUUAUUUUCAUGAGGCAAGAUACUGUCUAGUUUUUAUAAGUCAAUUGCAAAUGUUACACUUUGCCUUUUGCUCUUUAUUUGCAUGUUGACAUAGCACCGUUAAAAGUGAACACAAAUGAAUUUCACAUUAUUUAAUUUAAGUUCAUUCAGUUUUGUUGCAGUCAAAAAAAUUAAUAUAAAACAUCAAUAUCUAAAUGCCAAAGGCUUCUAGUCUAGAAAGAGUUAUUUCAUGAACCGACAACAUCAGAUCCUUUAUUUACUAAAAGAUAUAUAGACUUCUUUGUAGCUGUGUGCAAUAGUCUUACAUUGUCUAAAAGUGUAGUACAAGCCAUUUAAACACAUUUUCCCUAUCCAGCAAUAUUUUCUUUGGUGCAGAAAUAUUUUCAUACAGAUAUAUAAUUUUGAGGUACUAUACUUUCUGUAUUUACUAAGGAAAAUGGUCACAAGAGUUAUUUCUUUUUAAAUUUAGCAAAACAAAGUGUGUUUUUAUUUUUAUCGCUUUUUGCCCCUUUACUGCCCAGUACCUGCUAAUUGUCUGAAAGUAUGCCAUUAUUUUAACAGUUUAUGUAUCUCUAUGUUUCCAUGUUGUACCUCAUUUCCUCCCCCAUCCUCAUCCAGACGUGGUCCAUAAUUCCACUUUUUUUACCGUAGUGUUUCAUUUUUCCUCCAGGCAGGACUGGCCUUUGGUCAAGUGGUGCUCUAGGCAAAAGGUCUCCACAGUACCCCCGCAACAUCACAGUGCCCCCAUCCUGGUCUAUCUACACAAUUCAAUUUACUGGAAAGUGCCCCUGCUAGACCAGCGCCCUAGGCAGCUGCCUAGUUGGCCUAUGCCUAAGGCUGGCUAUGCCUCCAGGGAUAAGAGGUAGUCACUCCGCAGACUACAUGACAGUAUCCCUUUGUUUGGUGAGAAUCAGGCAUUGGUAAAGUAACACAUAAUUUGGUCCAUGAGAAGAUUCUUGAGUAACCCCUUCCCAUAGGUGGUAUAUAGACUCAUGAUAGCCACCAUGUCAAGGAGAAAGAUUUGCAUACUGCCACACAUCUACUCUCUGUUUAAGUGAUAAGAACACUGUUUCUGCAGCAUGAGCCAUUUCAGCAUCUUCUCCCAAUGAGCAUCUUUGCACCAGUGGACCAACACAUCUCCCUACCACCAGGGUGAACAAGCUACUAUCAACCACCCAAGCUCAUUCUCAUUUGACUGGUCCCACCAGUGCUAAUGCCACUAGUUAGGUGCAGGUCACCUAGGUCAUGCUUAGGACCUCAUCCCACAGUGUACCUCAAUUUUCCUUGCAAAUGGCAUCUCCAUUUCAAUGAAACAAAAGUUCUGCAGCAAUAAUCUAGCCACAACGUUAAUAUUCCUGAACUUAGUUAACUAAUACUGUUUUAAUUUUAAGUCAUUUUACUGUCCCUAGCCAUACACUGUGCACUAAUAUGUAACCUCAGGUGUGUUAACUAUUAAACUACAAUUCAUUUAUUACAGACUAUAUAGUGAAAUAAAGCCUUCAGCAAUUAUGAAACUAGAUAUGCUACCUGCUUUGACUGAUUUGUAAAAAAAAAAAAAAAAAAAAAAAAGUAAUUUAAAAUCUCACUAAUGUUAUUGACAUUCUUGAUGAGCCACCUGUGAAGCUGCCUCUGACUUUACAGGUCUGGACUUAAUAUUACAUCACAAAUGUUUGUAGUAGGAACAGCAACCAUAUUUCUGAUUAUUUAAAAAUCUUAUUACUGAGAAUCAACAAAUUGUGGAAAAACAUGCUAGCAAACAGGUAUCUAAAUACAGAGUAAAAUAUAUACUUUGAAACCCCCCAUGUCUGUGCAUGUUAUCCUGUUUUGGUGCAUUGAAAAUGAUAUGCAGUAACAUCUGUUCCAAUAUGGACAGACAGGAACCAGAUUCAGAGUGUCCUGCAGAUUCUAAAACUUAAUGCUAAAGUCCCUUUUUAACUGCCUGUUUAAACAUAAUACAAGUCUGUCUUUGGGAUCAGAAGCAGCACAGCUUUUGAACUUAAUUUGCCUUAUUGUCUAAGUUUUUCAAUCUACAGAAAGGAGAAAUAAACCACAUUUCACAAUAGUAAAAUAAAAUUAGAGUGGUAUUCAAUUUUACGUAACCAGCUUAACCAAACUUGGGCAUGCAUGAGUGCAACAGUCAAAAUAGAUAAAGGGAUGUUUCUUAACUACUAAGUUUAAAUGUAUUGCAAAUAAAGAAGACUGGCUCUGCAUGAGGGCGUCAAUACCCUAAAAUGGAUAAAAAAAAAACAAAAGAAAAGAAAAGCAUACCCAAUAUGAGCAGUGGAUGGCAAGGUAUUUCAGUCCUAGUUCGUUGUUUGCCUCCCAUAUGGUGCAGUGAAAAGAAACACACAAAACAAUCCUCUCCUACCAGGAUUACAACAAAUAAAUGAAAACACAUAUGACAACCCCUUAUACAUAACAUCCAUCACAGUAUUCUGGAAAGAAAAUAGGAGAUCCAGCCAUAACUCCCACCACAAAACAGACAGAAAAUGAAAAAUAAAGAGAAAAUUAAUAUGCCAUAGGAAAGCAGAGAAGAAAUAAUAAACAGAUGAAAUAUAGGCAAUAAACUGCCUACCAAAACUUUUCAUAUGUUAGAAGUACCAUUUUGGAUUGCUAUGUUUGCCAUACUGACUUCUUGUGUUGUAGAAAAAAGUUAACUGCAAAACAAUUCAAUUACUUGUUGUUUAGUAAAACAUCUAAUUAUGUUUUCAGAAAAUACAUGGUUUUACCAAAACCUUACUUUUUGGUCGGAGACUGCUUUAAAUUUUCAAACUCACUGACAUUUUGGAAAUGCAGUGACCUUACAGAUGUCUAUGGUAACUGUGAAUAUACUAGGGUGGUGUUCCUCACAAAGCACUACAAAGACAAAACACUCCACAAUACAGAAGUUAUCAAAACUGGUUGUAGAAAACUGUUUUCCUUCAUUUAGGUAGUUUCUCUGAAGAAAUGCUAUGAAUAAUAUAUGUAAAUCACAGAUUUAUGAAAACUUACAAUAAAGCUAAAACAUAUUAAUGGUGGUAUACACCUUGAAGUUAAUACAGAAAAAAAUAAGUUCCAUUUUAGUAAGCACAGUGAUAUUUUACAUUAUCCUUUCCUUACAUGUACUUAAAACUGUUUAAUAAGUUUAAAUGAUCUGAACCAUUUAAAUUCUAAACAGUUAUGAACCACUGCUUCUACUUUUUGAAGCUCACUUUUAACUUAUUAAUUUUUGCAUGGCAUUUGUAAACCCACACUUCAGUGCUCCAGAAAUUGCAGACUCUUCAAGCCAAAAUAAUUGCAGACUCUUAAAGCAAAAAUAAUGUUGUUGAACACAUAUUUACUCGUACAUUAUGAAAGGUGCUAGAAGGCAGAGUGAAUGCUAGUAUUCAUCAUUUAAAUUAAUUGAUUAUUAUAGUCAAAUUAUUGAACUCUUUAUUUUAAUUUUAAGUGUCACCCUGGUUACUAUUUAUACUGGGACACAUAAUAUACCAUCUCUGUUCAAAGAGGGAAAAUGUGCCUAUGCCGUAACUCAAUGCACUCAGCAAGGAGAAGCACAGCAUGUCACUCAUGUUUUGGAAAAUUGUUUCUUUUACUAUUUAGAAUACAAUGAUUAUUUCUUAUGAGAGCCAUUGCUUCAGAAUAAUAAAGGUUUAUUUGUUAACAGGUCUGAAUUUUUCAGUACCUGAUUUUGUGUUUGCUGGUAUGAACUUGAUGUCUUAGAGUCUGUUUCAUUUCACAGUGCUUUAGGUAAGACUUACUGACAAAAAUUAGACAUUCUAUGGCAAAAAUUCAUAAUGGCAGCCUACACUUUAUAAUCAAAGUGCUACAUACAUAGUUUUCAGUCAUGAAUUCAAAGGUAUUGCAUCAGUAUCCACAGUACAUUGCCACAGUAUGGCUAAUCCGCAGGUAAUAUAAAUUCCUUUCAGAAUUAAAUUAUACAGUGUAGUGAUUUUUAUUUAUUUUUUGCACUGCCAGUGGAUUUUAGAUUGCACAGAAAUAUUAGUUGAUGUCUGUAUUAUUCUGCACCCAAUGUUGCUUCUUUUUUAGAAAGUAAUUACAUUUGAGCCAGUAGUCUAGAACCUUAAUCAGUGACAAGUGUCAGAUACAAAUCUGCAUUAUUGUAUUCUAUGAAAGAUGCUUGACUCAUGCUCUUUUUUUUUUCAGUACU